UGUCAAUACCAGGCUGAUUCUUACCGAUAUGCAAGUGUGAACGAUUUAGAUGUAGAUAAAUUGGAAUUAAUACUGUAUUACUUUUAAACAAAAUGGAUAAUAAAUGUGAAACGGUUAAACUCUCUUACACCGUACAUAGAUAUUCAAGUUAUUCUGCCAAUUAUUUACCGGAAAAUAUUUUGAUAAACAAACCGUCGGACCAGCUUUCGAGAUGGUUUACAGAUAGUUCGACACCCUGCCAGUAUAUAUUGUUAAAACUAGAAAAUCCAGCUAUAGUGGAGUCAAUAACAUUUGGUAAAUAUAUAAAGGCACAUGUCAGUGAUCUUAAAAAGUUUCAAAUACUUGGAGGCACAGAUGAAAACAACUUGUCAUUGUUAUUAAAAGCAGGUUUAAAAAAGGAUAAUAGUACGGAAACUUUCACAUUAAGGCACAGAACCUCAGAAGGAUUAUUUUUUCCAGUGCAAUACAUAAAAAUUGUGCCCCUUCAGUCUUGGGGACCAGCAUACAAUUACACUAUAUGGUAUGUGGAAUUAAAUGGGAAAAAUCAAGAGGAUUUUGUAAAUAAUGCUCUUGAAACUAUCAGCUUGCGUAAAGAAGAAGAGGCAGUUCGAAUACUAUUGAAGCAUCUAAGACGAAGACGCUACAAAGAUGCAUUUGAAGCCUUGACUCGCGAGAGUGGCGUUCAGUUAGAGGGUCCCAUGCAAGGAAGGCUAUGGAAUGCGCUCGUUGAAAACGGAGAUUAUGAACUUGCCGAGCAAAUAUUUGAAGAGGCUGCUAACAGUGGUGAGCUGGAUUGGUACCUGUCCUGGCAGCCCUAUACUCCGGAGUGGAAGCAGUUAGUGCCGUGUUCUAGUGUUGUGGAGGAGCGCCUGUACUCGGGGGACACGUCUCCUCCCCCACACGCCAGGGCUCAAGAUCUGUCCUGCGCAGACAGACAACCUCAGAUAGAUCCAUUGUGUAAACAGGAGGCUAAUGGUGUGGAGGCUGGGGGAGUGGAUGGGGCCGUGGGGGGUGCAGGGUGUGUAAGGGGGCCGGGGGGUGACGGUGAGAGUGCAGGGGGUGGGGAGGCGGCGGCCUCCCCGUGUCUAUUACGACCGGUGCCGCGUGGUGGACACCAGCUUGUAGUGGAUCCAAAUACAGGUCUUUUAUACCUAUUCGGUGGUUGGAACGGCGAGGAGGAUCUAGACGACCUGUGGAGUUUCGACCCUUCGACUGAGUCCUGGAGGCUGUUGUGUCUUCACAGCGGAGCAGUUGGCGGUCCUUCGCCUCGCUCCUGUCACAAGAUGGUCUUUGAUCCUGUACACGAGAAGCUGUACACACUCGGGCGGUAUCUGGAUAAUGUGCAACGAGUUCCAGAGAAUAUGAAGUGCGAGCUGUACUCGUACAGCGUCCGCGAGGGCGUCUGGCGAGUGUCGUGUGAGGACACGGCGGCCGCGGGCGGUCCACGGCUGGUGUUCGACCAUCAGAUGUGUCUCGACGCCAGCGAGCAGACCAUAUACGUGUUCGGAGGACGAGUACUGCCAGCCAACACUGAGGAAUUGUCGAGCCCCCAGUACUCCGGUCUGUUCUCGUACCACAUCGAGUCUAACGUGUGGAGGUCGUUAGAGCCCGAGCCUCCCCACCCCGCGCCUCCUCACCGCGUCUCACACUCCAUGCUGUUCCAUCCGGUCCAACGACGGCUGUACAUGUUCGCUGGUCAGCGUAACAAGGAACAACUAGUGGACAUGUGGUGGUGGGACUGUGAGGAGGCGCCACCACGGCCGCACGCCCUGUGCACCGCGCCCCCUCGGGCUCCGCCCCCCCAGGGCUUCACACAGAGGGCGACCAUUGAUCCACACACCGACGAGAUACAUGUACUGUCGGGUAUGAGCAAGGAGAAGGACAAGUGCGUGUACAACACUCUGUGGGUGUUUUCCCUACGACGUAUGACCUGGAGUUGCUUGUAUAGGAACGACUCGGUGGAGCCCUCGGAGCCGCGGCCGAGGUUCGCGCACCAGUUCGUCUACGAUCCCGUCAGGAAGGUGCAUUAUCUGUUCGGUGGUAACCCUGGCCUGACGUCGAGUCCUCGCCUCCGCCUGGACGAUCUGUGGUCUUUGCGUCUCCACCGUGCGGGCUGCGGCGGGGUGAGGGCGAAGGCUCGCGCGGCGCUCAGGGAGGCUCGCUACAGGGAGCUCGCCGCCGCCCCUGAACGUGCGCCCGCCGCUCUACACUACUUGAGACACGCUCUCAGUGAGGCCAUCGACCACAGCAGCUCGCUUCAGGUGGCGCAUUUCCAGAAGCUAGCCACGGUACUGUUCUCAGGGAGGACGAGUCCAGACGAAGAUGAGCUCCUGUACGGAUCGGAAGCGGCGGGUGCCGGGACUGGGAGACCUCUUGACGUUGGUCGCGUGAGGACUCUGAGAAGGAGGAGGGCGGCCGCCAGGAGGGACGCUUACCACGCCGACCUGCCGCGGGCCCUGCUCUCAGUGCUUGGCACGGACGAGCCGCUAGUGGAGCCUAGUCCGUUCGAAGACGAGUGCCCGUCCCCCGAGCCGGCAGAGGAGCCCCGGGAUUCCCGCUCCAACGAGACCUGGGAGACUCGCGCCGCUCGCAUACGUCUGUACGACCGUCUGUGCCGCUACUUCCGCCCGUCUGCGGUGCCGCCAGCUGACGACAUACAAAACCUCGUCCACUUGUAAUUACUAUCUCCACACGACCCUCAAGCUCUAAAUCCACGACAGGUUCUGGUGACUUUUCUAUUUGAUGUUAUAACUCAUCUCAUAAAUCCUGUGUGAAACUAGAAUGUAAAUAAACUUAAUUAUCACUCCACGCUACGUAUUUGUACAUAUGUAGAUACGUAUCGAAGACACUUUCUCAUACUCUAUAGGGAUAAUACGUUUCAUUGAUACCCGCCAUGAUACUUAUCAUAUAUACUUUUUUAUAUACACACAUCAAAAUCUAGAUAUGUGUUAGCAUAUGAAAGAAUAUUAAGAUAAAAUUAUUAGGCUCUGGACGCGUUGGCGUCGAGAACGUUCUAGCAAUUCAAAUCUAAAUAACUAAUAAUAAGACAUAUUAUUUUAAACAAACUAUGCGUAAGAAAUCAAUUGAGUGUUGCUCGUCAGUAAAUCGACAGUCACAAAUCUAUAUUAACUGACACUCGCACUGCCGCCUGUAUCCAUAAUGUAGCCUUCAGCUAUCAAAGUUCGGUUGUGUUCAUGACAACUAUAUAUAUAUAAUCAUUUUCUACCCUUCCCAAGCUCAUCGUGACUGACUUGAAUCAUCCAUGCUUGCUGUAUCCACUAAGCUACAAUGUAAUUCAAUUUAUACAUAAUAUCAUAAAAUAUAACAUUAUUAAAAAUAAAUUAAUGUUUGUAUUGUAUUUAGACUGUUCUUCUACAUGUCCUAGCUAUCUUUACAUUGUCUUACCUCGACAUGGUACAACUCAAAUGACUAUAGGAAUAAAACAAUUUUAGUAAUUGUAUUAAUCAUACAGCUCGUAGGUUUGGGAACUUAACUGAGAGCUGAUCGUCUCACUUUGUAAAUAUUUUUAUUGUAAUGAAUCUUGUAAUGUUAAAUUUACUGUAAUACUGUAAGCGGUGCAUUUUGUAAUCGUGUAAAUAUAUUUUAAGGAGUCCCGUUUCAUGUCUACAAACUGUGAUACCUAUGAUAUAGUCACCGAGUCAGCGGCUUCGUUUUAGUUACGGUUUCAAAGCAUUUCAUGUGAUUAAAUGCACUAUUAUGAUAA